CAUUCGUCACCGAGUUUCAAUCAUCAGGCAACCAGGUCCAUGUAUAUCACGUUGAGUCAAAACAAACCUUUUCACUUCACACUGAUGAAGAAAAUGGCGAAUUUGAGUGUUAGUUCUUCAAUGAAGGGGAUCUCCAUAUUGAUUCUGUUGAUUGCAGCUACACUAGUUUCAGCGAAGUCCGGAGAUGUGACGGAGUUACAGAUCGGGGUCAAGCAUAAGCCAGCAUCUUGUGCAGUACAGGCACACAAAGGUGAUAAAAUCAAAGUUCAUUAUCGGGGAAAACUUACUGAUGGCACCGUUUUUGAUUCCAGCUUUGAGAGGGGAACUCCAUUUGAAUUUGAGCUUGGCAGUGGUCAAGUCAUAAAAGGAUGGGAUCAGGGACUAUUGGGAAUGUGUGUUGGAGAAAAACGUAAGCUGAAGAUACCGGCUAAAAUGGGUUAUGGAGACCGGGGUUCACCACCUAAGAUUCCAGGUGGGGCGACACUUAUAUUCGACACGGAGCUUAUUGCAGUUAAUGGAAAGGGAUCGGGUGAAGGAAACAUUGAUAACAGUGAGCUAUGAUCUCAUGAAGCCUAAACUUGAUAGGAGAUCGUUAGAGUUCGGUUUAUGUAGGUUGGGCUAAAUUACACACCUCUACCUGUUGAUUUCCUUCUCAGAUUAACGUCAAAACUUACCUUUUACAUUUUCAAUGUAUUAUUUGACUUGAUUCUAACAUGAAUAGGUGCAUAUAUUGUACCUUAAAGCAUUAGAUUUUCUGGCAGAAUCAUUCGGAGAUAGAAAUGGUCAAACUCAAGCUCGACCAUAUUGUAAUGAUUUGUACCUCAUGAGCUCGGAGUUUUACCGGACUUUUUGUAUUUUAC